GCAAAAUGUGUGUUGAAGAAAAUUAUUGACAUUUCACGUAAUCAAAUAGUUAGGCUCAUAUUUUGAGACGGAGCUGGUUCACGUUAUUUCUUGAAUAAAAGAAAGACAUUUUUAAUUAUCUUAGAUGAUAUAUUAUUCUUCGGGUAAAAAGAUGGACGGAAAUUAUGCCCUUGGAAACAGUAUUGAGGACUAUCAAGUUCUCAACCUGAUAGGAAAAGGUGGUUUUGCUUCUGUGUACAGAGCAAGAUCAAUUAAGAACCAGAUGGAAGUUGCUAUCAAAAUGAUUGAUAAGAAACUGAUGCAAGCAGCUGGAAUGGUCAAAAGAGUUCGACAAGAGGUGUCUAUCCACUACCGAUUGAAGCAUCCAUCAAUUCUUGAGCUGUACACAUUCUUUGAAGAUGAAAACUAUGUUUAUCUUGUGUUGGAGAUUUGUCAUCAGGGAGAAUUACACAGAUACCUUAAAGGAAGAGGUUCUCUCUCUGAAGAUGAAGCUCGCAGUAUUCUUCGUCAGAUUGUGGAAGGAAUGAUCUACUUGCAUUCCCACAACAUUCUUCACAGAGAUCUAACUUUGUCAAACUUGUUGCUGACUAAAAAUCUGAGAGUGAAAAUAGCUGAUUUUGGUUUGGCAACACAGCUAGCGUGGCCAGAUGAAAAGCAUAUGACCAUGUGUGGAACUCCAAAUUACAUUUCACCAGAAAUAGCCACACAUAGUUCCCACGGGUUAGAAGCUGACGUUUGGAGUUUGGGCUGUAUGUUAUACACAUUUCUGGUUGGUAAACCUCCUUUUGAUACCGAAGCUGUUCGAAGUACUUUAACUCGAGUGGUCAUGUCUGACUAUGAACUUCCAGAACACCUCUCAGUAGAAGCAUGCAGUUUAAUUGAUUCUUUGCUGAAGAAGAAUCCUAAAGAACGUUUAAAACUUAAUGAUGUUCUCAGUCAUCCUUUCGUGACCAAAUACAUUGGCUGUUCUGACAAGUUAUUAACCCAGAAUUCCAUGGAUAGUGGUAUGGGAACAAUGACAACAGUAUCGUCUUCCAGAAGUACAAACUCCACCCGUCGGGGCUAUUCCAAGCCUUUGAUAGCAUUUCCUAUUACAGAACUGGAGUCCCAGCAGUCAUCAGGAUGUGUAAAUACUAGUAACACUUCAUCUUUGAGAAACAACUACUCAGGAAACGUAAUUCACAGGCAUAAUGCAGCUGCUAGGGAAACACAGUCUUCAACUCCUCCUGUUAGACUCAGAGCUGGAUUUGACUAUCCAUAUCAUCAUGAGACAGUUAGAGUAUCACAGCACUAUGGUGGUCCACCUCGGAGAGAAAGGGAUGCUUCGGAAGAGCGACGUCGACAAGAGAGGGGCGGAGAGAAACAGGUGGCAUCUCAACUGGCUCGUGCAGUAUUCACUGGAGAGUUGAGAAACAAGCUAUAUGGAGAAGAAAAAACCAAACUUGUAUAUAAAAGUGAAGAAAAAGGGGGUCCUAGUCAUAGUUGUAACCCUCAUGAUCACUGGGGCCAGAAGACUGAAUUAAAUGAAGCUCAACAUUCUCAGUGUGGCAGGUCCACUUGUAGCCACUGUCAUUGGGAUGGUUUUUGCAGUGAAACAACUGUUCAGUGUAGCAACCAAAAACAUUUCCAUCAGAAUUAUAACAACAACACGUCAUGUCAUUCUGCAUCUUGUCAUGGGUCAUCAUGUGACCAGCCUCUUCAGAGUGAACUUAAUGGUCAAGAAGUCAGAAGGUUUGAACAAGUUAAAUAUUCAACUUGUAGUCACCACUGGCAGUGUGGAGGAAUAGACAACUGUUGUUCUCACUUGGAAACUUGUGGUUGUCGAACUAGUAAUCACAAUCAUCCAGUUACUUCUUUGUGUAAAAACAGGUCUAAAGUUUCUAAGGAAAGUUGUCACACAGAAACCUGUAGUCAUGAUGCCACUUCCACACCCAGCACCCCUCCAAAGUGUGGAAAACAUUCAGAAGGACAGAAUAAUCUAAGCUCACCUUUAAAUACAAAACGUUUGAGGUCCACUCGGCAACGAACAAAGAAUGCAGUGGUCCAUAUAUUGGAAAAUGGAGAAGUUUGUGUAGAAUUUCUCCGUAGUAAAAAUCAAGAAGAAAAGGUGAUUGAUGUCUGUAGGAUUUCUCCGGACGGAAUGAGAGUUAUUAUUUACAAGCCUAAUGGUGCAAGAGGUUGUCCUUUAAGUAAUUCUCCUGCUGUUAUUCCCCAAAGUGGUGCAGACAGCAUCUUCAGUUAUGAAAGUCUUCCACAGAAACAUUAUAAGAAAUACAUUUAUGCUGCUAGAUUUGUAAAACUUGUUCGAGCAAAAACUCCAAAGAUAACUUUCUACAGUUCUCAAGCUAAGUGUAUGUUGAUGGAAAACUCACCAGUACCUGAUUUUGAGGCCAGCUUUUAUAAUGGUGGGAAAAUAACAUUUUCAGGAGCUUCAACAAAAAUUAUAGAUAGUACAGGAAAGGCUUACAGUUUAAAAUGUGAAGAGGAACUGGACUCUCUUCCAUCUUCCAUACAGACACUUUGGAAACACUUUGCAGAAUGUCAUCAACAUUGUCAAGACUUGGAAACUGCUCUAAGUGCCAUUGAAGCAAGAACAGCCCAACAAUGUUUCCCUAUUAUUAUUGGAAGGCGGCCCUCUGCAAUUCCAAGUAGUGCACGGAGAGAUAAAGAAAACCAUCCAUUGAGAGAAAAGUCAGAAAAUCUAUCUGUUCUACACCCUUUGUCAACUCAGGAUUUCCAUGAAGCUUCUUUUAAGCAGAAUCCUUCAAGGUUAGAAGAGAAGCUUAUUGAUGACACACAAAUUGAGAGCAGUAUGGGAAGGUCAGGGUCUCAUAAAACACCCUCGAGCGGUCAGUCUUCUUGUUCACAAAGCGAAGUUAUAAGAAGUGUUUUUAUUCCACACAUGGGAUGGGCAUCUCAGUUAUUGAGUGGAGAUGUGUGGCUACAGUGUACAGAUGGGACACAACUCAGGAUUCCUGCCUCCACUACUGAGAUCCACUUUAUUGACAUCUCUGGGAAGAAAGAGAUUUACAAUCAAGAUGAUAUUCUGCCCAAUCAGCUUAAAGAGAAGCUGGCUCAACUCCCACAUGUUGUAGACCAACUUGUUAAAUCUGGUUCUCAAAAGGCAACACAUUCUUACAGAACAGUCAGAUAAAACAGUUUCCUCAGAGGUCAACAGAAUAGUCCAGUAACAGAGAGUAUAAGGUUGUUGUGUGGUUUUCAGAGGUCAAACAACAAAGAAGUGGUAUUGUUGGAAGAACAGUAAUAUAUUAUCACUCCAGAAAAGGGACAAAACAAAAAAUUUAAUGUAAGUCUUGAAAGUGAAAAAAAUAAUUUGAAUGGGUAUUUUCUGAUGAUAAACAAGUUUGAUUUAAAAUUAUCAUUCUUGAAACAAACAUUGUGACUAUGUAUAUAUAUAUAUCUGAAUUGUUAAUUUUUAUGUUUCAAGCUGUUAUUACCAUUCAUUGUACAAAAAUUUAAUCCUUGAUGAUAACAUAUUUGUUUAAAGUUUUUCAUGUGUGUGUUUAUGCCAUUUUAUUUGAAUAUAAGACAUACACAAUUUUGUGCACAUAUUAUUGUGUAAUAUUUUAUUAAUACAGCUUUAAUAUGAACGGUACAGAGACAAUACUUGUCUACUACAUAAGAAAACAACACAACUCGGUAAUGAUCAUAAUCGUGAUAUAAAUAUUCCAAGCUAGAACCUUCUGAUAUGACUUGGCAGAUCCGUAACCCCACAACCCUAAAUUACAGAAAGAAUGGCCUACUUUCACAAGUUCUUUUACACCUUUAAUACAAAAUCAAGGGUAACUGUUACCGAGAUGAGUGAACUGAAUAAUUUGAAACCCUACUACUUUUAUUAUCCUCAUUUUUUUAAUUGUGUUUUCCUAAUGUUAUGUUAAAAUUUUCACUCUCUACUGGUAUAUCCUUCCUGUUUAGUCAUAAAGUUUUGGUUGCCCAGUUAUCUAUUUUUAAAUAGUUUAUUCUGUAACAGUGUUCAUUAAAAACUCGGUUUUGUGAACAUUGGUAGGAAGGUAUAUGAAUUAUUUUGUUAUAUUAAUAACCACACAUGGGAAGUAGACAGGUUUGUUUUAUCUAGUAUGUGAGAUUUCUUCACAGUUUAUUAUGAUCUCAUGUGUAACAACUGACAUACCACACGUUUAGCAACUGUUUUCUGGCAAUGUGUGUAAAUCUUAGCAACCUCU